AAACUCGGAAUAUCUUGGACAUUUUCAUUGAACAUGUGGACGUCAUGCCGUUUGUUUUGGUUUGUGGAUUUCCAUCAAGUGGAAAAAGUAAACGAACAGAGGACUUGAGACAUUACUUAAGCGAAAACACGGAAAGAACUGUACACAUUGUAAGCGACCAUACACUGGGAUUUGACAAAAAUAAAGUAUAUGCAGAUUCAAUUGAAGAGAAAGAAAUUCGGGGAAAAUUAAAGUCUGAGGUACAGAGGUUACUGAACAAGGAUGAUGUGGUCAUUCUAGACUCCCUCAAUUAUAUCAAAGGUUUUCGAUAUGAAUUAUACUGCAUUACAAAAUCUUGUAAAACCCCCCAAUGUGUGAUAUUCUGUGAUAUCAGUAAAGAGAAAGCCACAGAAUGGAACAGCCGGAGAGAACCAGAGACAGACAGAUAUACAGACAAAAUUCUGGAGGAGCUGAUGAUGCGGUUUGAGGAACCUAACCCAAACCAGCGCUGGGACAGCCCCCUGUUUGUCGUCCACCCUGAAGACAAACUUCCUUAUGACCAGAUUACUGACGCUCUCUUUAACAGGAAACCACCACCACCUAACAUGGCCACACAAAACCAACCCCUCUCCUCCACUAACUUCCUGUAUGAGCUGGACAGAGUAACACAGGACACAGUCUCAACUAUUAUGGAGGCCCAGAAGCUGUGUGUGGCAGGAGAUGAUAUUUCUAUCCCAGGGGCCACUGAAAAAAUUCACCUCCUUCGUCCAGUGACUCUAGCGGAACUACAGAGACACAGACGUCAAUUUAUAACAUACACAAAAAUGCAUCCAGUGGAGGACCUUUCUAAAAUCCCUAACAUGUUUGUGCAAUAUAUAAACAACUCAUUGACCUGACAAACAGAAAGGUUAUUAAAGAGAUAUAACACGAAAAACUUUAAAUGAAGAAGGAAUGUUUUCAUGGAGUUACUGGCCCUCAAUUGUAUUGAUAACAUGUAUUUGAUUUUAAUGCAUCAAACUAACGAAAAAAAUUAUAGCUUUAUGAUACUUGUAAUUAUAAAGUAAGAAUUGCCAAUAAUUCUAAUAAUGGAAUUUUGCUGCAAUGGUUUGGUCCUGAAACAGAUUUAAAACUUAUUUAUAAUUUGCCAAAUUUAAUCUGUUCAUAUUAUUGUUUUACCAAAAUUAAUUAAUGCCAUAUAGUUAUAUAUUUCAUAAAAGUAUCUAAUACAUGGUCCCCAGUAUUAGAAUUUUGGAUUUAUGAGGGACACAACAUGCAUUUUUGUAAUAAAAAUUUUACAGACAAAAUAGUAGGCAUUACAAAGAAAUAAUGUAUUUUGUUAUGGCACUGCAGUUAAUUGCUACACAGAUGAUUACAACAUCCAUUCAUUUGUUAAAUGGAAGUUUUGGAUCAAUGAACCUUAACACAUACUGAAGAAUAUACUUUUUGCAAAGUGAAGAA